GCGCUUUCCCUUUUCUCCUCCCCCUCUCAACUUUUCUUCCCUGAUCUUUCUCCGGCUAAUCAGAGUGAGCCUGGAAAAAAAGAAAAUCGUCCUCGUUCUUUCAUUUCAUUUUCUCCGCGCCGGAUCACAAUUCCGCUAAACGAGGAGAAAUGGGGAGCGUUUCGUCGGAGGACGACGGCGAGCGGUUCGAGCUCGACGGGUACAGCUUGAGCGCCGACGUCAGCGAGUCGGAGAGCAGUUCCAGCUGCGUUUCGUCGUCUUCGUUUCGGCAUUGCGGCGGCGGCGGCAGAGGAGGAGGAGGAGAAGGAAGAGGUUCCGCUUCUUUCCUCACGUCUUCCUGUUCCCUUGCUCCACCACUCCAUGACGCGACUGAGUUGGACGACGAGUUGCAGGCGCCGCCGGUCACACUGAUGCCGCCGGUGAUCGGCGGGAGGCACGUUGUGAUUCCGCCGAAGAAGGGUGCGAAACCGGAGUCGGAAUUGUCUGAAACUGAACUAAUGAAGGAGAGAUUUGCCAAGCUUCUGCUCGGAGAAGACAUGUCAGGUGGAGGAAAUGGAGUUUGCACUGCUCUGGCUAUCUCCAAUGCCAUCACCAAUCUCUCUGCUUCUGUGUUCAGCCAACUGUGGAAGUUGGAACCAUUAUCACCUCAAAAGAAGGCAAUCUGGCAUCGAGAGAUGGAAUGGUUCUUAUCUGUAAGCGAUUUCAUUGUGGAGCUAGUUCCAUCGGUCCAGAAUUUCCCCGGCGGGGGAACCUUUGACAUCAUGGUGCCACAGCCACGGUCAGACCUUUUUGUCAAUGUCCCAGCUCUGAAGAAGCUCGACACCAUGCUGCUCAAUAUUCUAGAUGGUUUCUCUAAUUCUGAGUUCUGUUACGUGGAGCGUGGAAUUGUGAUUUCUGGAGAUGAUGACACCAAGAACUUCAUGCUGUCCUUGACUUCUGGGUCAGAGACGUCGUCGGUGAGGCUGGGAGAGAAAUGGUGGCUGCCGUUUCCUAAAGUUCCUCAAAAGGGAUUGUCUGAGAAUGCCAGGAAGAAGUUGCAGCAGUGUAGGGAAUGCACCAGUCAGAUUCUUAAAGCUGCCAUGGCUAUUAACAGCAAUGUGCUUGCUGAGAUGGAAAUCCCAAAUGCUUACUUGGACAGCCUGCCCAAGAGCGCGAAAUCUUGUUUAGGAGAGACGUUACAUGGUUACCUAGCUGCCGACAAGUUCUCUCCUGAUGGCUUCCUGGAUCACUUAGAUUCGUCCUCAGAAUUCACCAGUCUGGAAGUAGCUAACCAGAUUGAAGCAGCUGCUCAUAUAUGGAACCAGAAAUACAUCAGAAAGUACAUGGCUGGAGGAGGGAGGUCGACAUCAUCAUCGUCAUCAUGGGGUGGCAAAAAACUUAAAAGCACUGCUACUCCCAAAUGCAAGAUCCUGGCAACACGGGCUGAGAACGUCUUGCACAACUUACGCCUACGGUUCCCUGGCCUCCCACAGACCUCGUUGGACAUGAGCAAGAUUCAACAUAACAGGGAUGUAGGGCGCGCCAUCAUCGAGAGCUACUCGAGGGUGAUGGAGAGCCUAGCAUUCAACAUCAUGGCGAGAAUCGAAGACCUUCUAUACGUCGACGACGCCACAAAGCAACGUGCAUCAGCAGAGUCCCUGUACACAGCACAAGGCAGGCUGAGCUGUUCAUUUGCCAAACAAAGGUGGAUAUCCCCCAUCGCCCCUUUUUCUUUCGACCAUUCCGGUGAGUUAGUCAGUUGUCAUCAUCAUCACAACGGAACCAUGCCGCAGUCUCCAAGGAAUAGCCACACUAGGGAAAGGGAACCUCUAGAUCAAAGCUCUAGAUAAGCUGGCUUUCUGAGAAAAUGGGGCCCAGACUGCCAUUUACCUCCAGCACAUGGUAUAAAUUGACAGAGUUCAUGGAUCUGUACAUAUCUAACGUUUUAUAGUAGUUGAAAAAUUGGGAGUCGUUUGGUUAUUUAGGGGCAGGGAGGCAUGGCAGUGGCUGGCGGGAAGUCGUACGUUGUAUUUAUAGAGGAAUAGGUAGUUGAUUGAGGGUCUGUUUUUAUUCGAAUUCUGAUUAGAGAUGAUUACCUGUGUGGGUUCGUUGUAGACUUGUGGGAGCUGAAAGGUGCUGAAGUUGUAAUGAUCACAGUGAUGGUGGGCGUCAGAUUUCUCUCUUUGUCGCUGUCAAGCAGAGUGGACCACCAGAAUAAGUAACUCGGAUUCCACAAGGAUCUGUGCAGAGGACGAGAAUCGAGAGCUGUAAAAUUGGAUAUCUAUUGGGAGUUGCUAUUUAAAUGUGGUGGAAUUUGCCUUGCUGUAAAAUUAACUAGUAUCAAUACCCGCGGCGUUGUGUAUUGUGG